UGGGAGCUCAUCUCAUCUUAAUCAAUCGACGGGCCAGGUGGAGCUGCGGAUGAAGCUACGUCAGGCGUCGAGCGAGUGCUUCGAAUCCGACAGAGCGCGACCCGUUCAUGUUCACAAGUACGCUAGCCAGCACUACAAUGGAGCUGCGUAGCGCGGUGAAAGCUGCUGCAGGGAUGAGCGAUGUCACAUGAGUCGGAGCUUGUCACUGCUAACCUCCGACUAGACUUCUUUGAAGACCGCGCUCUCACCAACCACCUUUUCAACAACUGCACCCUGACCCCAACUAACACUCCGGCGCCAGAAUGCCCGCCAGAUCGGGCACCUCGUCAUCGAGCAUGCAUACCGCCACUUCCUUCAGCUCCAGCUUCAUGGACGCCUCGCCAACACGCCAGUCGCCGAAUCGCAGAAGCAGUCACCGCCAAAAGCGCGAAUCCCUCAUCCGCGACCCCUAUGAGAGCCCGGCCAAGCAACUAGCCCUCGAGUUCAACCUCCGCCUCAGCAUAUCCGACCGGGAGUUCAACGAGAAGCUAGACCAAGCUGCGAACGAGCGAGCGAAACAACAUGCUCAACAACUCGCCCACGCUGCCGAGGAACACGAGCGCGUCUUCAGGAGCGCGAAGCUCGAGAUCGAACGCAUUGCUUUGGAAGAAGAGCAGGCGCGCCUACGCCAUGAAGAGGCUCAAAGGCAGGAGAUUGAGCGCCUGAAGCAGGAGAAGGCGCGCGAGCAAGCCGAGGCUCAGCAAAGGGCUCUGGAAGCAAGACAGCGCGAGGAAGAAGCCGCCCGCCAAGCCGCAGAACACAAGUUGAAGCUCCAACAAGCCGAUGCCCGCAUCAAAGCCCAGCAAGAGCAACAGGCGGCCGCUGAGAGGCAGAAGAAGGAAAAGGACGAAGCUGAUCGGAAGGCUGCCGAGGCUGCGGCCGCUGCAGAGAAGGCUCGACAGCAAGCACCACCACAGCAGCCAGCCGCUCAGCCCACCCCCGCGCCGGCUCCCACACAAGCACCACCACAACCAAAGCCAUCGAACGCCGCACCCGCAACUAGCACCAGCGCCGAGCAGAUUCACGCCAAAUACCUGGAACUUCACCAGCGCAUGAAGGCCUUCCGCAAAGCUUUCUGGGAGGAACACAAGAAGCCAACCUCUCCUCUCAAGGGCCCCGUUGGUGAUGCCCGACGCGCCAUCCGCACUCGACUUGGUCAGAUCACUGUGGAGCGAAAGGACAGCGCCGCCGCCAUCAAGCGCCUCCGAACCGAAUGCUUCGACAUCGCAUCAACAACACCCGGCCCCAUGGUCGACAUCCGACAAUACAUUGUCUCGCACCAGAUCCCCCAGCUAGCCAACGAGAAUGAGGCAGCAUACCCGGCGUUCCUGCUCUACGUCUGGAUCUGCUUCGAGAAGUUCCUCGUAAAGCAGUUCGAAAAGGAGGCUGCCAACACCGACGGACGCAUCAUCCAGGAAAUUGGUUUGAUAGCAGCCAGCUUGUUCGGUGACCAGAAGUACAUGUGGAACGGUCUUCCUCUCACCGACAUUGCGCUGGCCAAGCUACACAAAGCGUGCCCUAUUCUCUUCGGCAUUCGUGGUACUAUGAACACCAAGGAAGGUCGGUUGCGUCUAGGCUGGCAGGAGGACUCAACCCCAGAGACAUACUCGCAGCGUAUGCGCGGUCUCGGAGCUGGCUACGCCUCCAUGUCCCUCCGCUCAUUCGGUGCCAAGGCGCCAGCGAUUGCCGCCUCAGAGUACUGGCGUGCCAUCUCGUCGAUUUGCAACACACCCUCUGAGCAACUUUGGCCAGGACACUUCGCCAUCCUCAGCGGCCUCAUUCGCGACUACCACAAGAAGUUCAUCCAGUUCUACGGCGUACCCGCGCGUGGUGUCCUACGUCGCGCUGUCGUCGAUCUACCCGUCCGUGCACCAGAGCGCUGCAAGGACGCAGCGAGUACCAUUGCUGUGUACCGCGAGACCUGGAAGAGGGAGGGGUUCUCGCUGGAUUAGAAGAAGAAAAGGCGUGUUGACGCAGAUGGAAUAGCAUUGGGGGCAAUUUCUUUCAUUGUCAAGAAUCUUUUGUCAAUCUUGCAUGGGACGGCGCAUAUCAUCAGCAGUAUGACCUAUGGUCGUGGGUUGCAUCUUUUCUUUUUCUCUUCGGUUUUUCUUCUGUCUCGGUGGAUAAGGAAAUCUACAAAGUACAUGCGUAGAACAUCGUCGUUCGCGACAAUGAAAUAGUCUCGCUCAUUAUCUUACCUACCGCGAGCAUGAAUUGAUCAAUAUCGCCC